GACAAAGUGCUGUGUGGAAAGGCCCGAGAAAGACACUGAUGGGUGCUCUCCGGGACAUGUUUGGGUCCAGCUUCCAAGGAGGAGUUUGGGGAAACCUUGUGUGAAGAUCCCAUUGUGGGUGUGACAGCUGGCAAGAUGAUCUGAUUCUGCAGCACAUCUGCUCCCGUGAAGCUCUCCAGGCUGCGACAGGAAAGCUGUGUGAGAGGAAGGUGGAGCAGCAGUGGUUUCACAAUGAGGAUGCCGCUUCCCACUGCAGGAAGAGUCAGCCCUGCUUGCUGGAGACAGCCCGGCAUGAUGGCUUACGGCACAGCUUGGCACCAUGGGCUGCUGAGGCAAGCUGGCUCCUAUAAGAAUGACUAUGACUGGACCCACUGUGAAGCCAAUGCUUUGAGCGAAGCCCCCAUCACAGUGCUCAUCUGCCUCUGUGGGCUGGUGGGCAAUGCGGCCGCCCUCUGGCUACUCAGACCCCACAUCCGCAGGAACUUCAUCACCAUCUACAUCUUCAACCUGGCCGUGGCUGACUUCAUCUUCCUCUUCUCUGUCGUCAUUGCCCUCGUGAUAUUUUACGGCCCACAGAGCUUUUGUCACAGUCUGGGCUCGCAGGACAUGAUGACUGUGUUGAGCGUGGUCAUCACCUUUGCUUUCAUUGCUGGUGUCUACCUCAUGGCAGCCCUGGGGGCCAGGACCUGCCUGCCUGCCAUCCCACGGCCCCUCUGCCCUUGCCAGAACUCCUGGUGCUUGCCAGCACUCCUGUGUGCCCUGCUCUGGGCCCUUGCCCUCUUGCUCACUCUGACCCUCUAUUUCUCCCCACCGAUGCUAGUGGCCUUUGUCCUCAGCUACCUCUUGUCGGUGCUUAUCCUCAUUCUCUCUGGUUUAGCCCUCUUUGCCAAGCUCUUAUGCUGCUCAUGGCAAUAUCUCCCAAGGAAGUUCUACAUUGCAGUCUUGCUUGCUAUCAUCUCCUUCCCGUUCUUCACUGCUGACUUUGCCUACUGGCUCUUGCUAAGGCUGUUUGAUUUUUCGGUUCUUGCUUUUGACACCUCUCUCCUAUUUGCCUGUGUGAACAGCAGUAUUAAGCCUGUCCUUUACUUCCUUGCUGGGUGCUGCAUGAAGAAGUUCACGUUCUCUAUCAGGGUUGCUUGCCAUAGGGCUUUUGAAGGGGUAAUGGAGCCAGAUAUCGUAGGCGAAACCCUACAAGAAAGCACAGUGGAAACCCCACAAGAAAGCACAGUGAAUGUUUAAUCCAUCUGAACCUUUUGCUUGGAAUCCUUUGCUUUGAAUCCGGCCUACCCAACAGGGCUGAGCUGCCUCUGCUCCAAAAGGAGCUCGCCCUACUCUGUGCACUACUAAAGCAGAGCCACGGAGGCUCUCAGUUCCUCAUGGUGCUUUGCUUUAGGGUGCCUGCUGAAGGGCUGAGUGUUGCUGGGUAGGAGAGUCUGGGCAAAACCCUUCUGCUUGCAGCUCCAUCAGGUAUGCAAAGGCUGAGUGGAGACCUCCCAUUCAGCUCUUGAACGGACAAGCAAGGCAAAAGAACCUUGACACCAGCAGCAUGAGGCCUCCUUUGGGAUGUUCUCAGCUCUUUGGACAAAGCUUUUGUGGACAUAUUGCAAAGAGAAACACGUUGGAAGCUGUUUCCCUGCAAAGACACUCUCCUCCCAGUUAAGAGCUUGAAAAGAAUGGAUCAUACUUACAUUACUUACUCCACACUACUGAAUUACAUUAAAUUACUUAUG